ACGACUACAAGAUCUGGAUUUGAGUGUCUUUGAAGUCUGGUUUAGGUCGUCCUGCCUCUUAAGAUUUCAUAGCAAGCUCGUGCUAUCGUGGCGCGAAAUCCUGGAGAACCAAUUAUAUUUUCCUUGGCGGGAACAGACCAGCCGGAACGUCAAAUACAGUUUACUUUAGAGACUCUGUGGAAACGCUACAGCAGCAACAACGUAACCAUAACGUAGACUGACCGACGACUGUAUAAAUAUAUACAGUAUUAGCAACUAAUAAACAUUUGACUUAUGUCGAAAUUACAGUAGGUUAUAGCGGUAGCAGUGACUAGUAUUCGUCCUCACUUAAUUUAAACGUUGACGUAAAUAAACAGUAGUUAGUUAGUCUAGUGUGUUCCUUAGAUUUUUGGCUAGAAUUAACACACGUCCGGCACUGUUAAUGGCCUCCACUGGGAGAAAACAGUCAAAGAAAACGAAGCAUGCAGAAGACUCAACUGACAUAAAAUCGUUUGAUUUCGCUCUUGAGGACGAAAAGACAGGACUGAGUUGUUCAGAGGAUGACAUCCGAGAAGAUGAAACUCCUGUUGUUGACAAGAUGGCCAAGAAAAGGUCAUUUGAGGAGGAUGAUCUAAAAGUUGGAGUGGGGAACGAGGUACAAACCAUGUUGGAGAGAUUUGGAGCUGAUAUAAGCAAAGCCAUGCAAGCCAAGAGGAAACGUUUAGAGACCUUCACCAAGAGCUCACUGAAGGGCAGCAAUCAGAAACUGGAGCAGCUGUGGAAUACCCAGUAUGCACAAAGGCAGAAGCUGACUCAGGAGUACUCACAGCAGGUGUCAUCUGUGCUGCAGCAAUGGGAGAUUGAUGCACAGAAAUCCGAGGAUCAGGAGGAAAAAUUGAAUAACUUGUUUCGCCAGCAACAAAAACUGUUCCAGCAGGCUAGAGUGGUGCAAAGCCAGAAACUGAAAACCAUCAAAGAGCUAUACGAGCAGUUCAUUAAGAACAUGGAGGAGAUGGAGAAGAGCCAUGAGACCUUCUUGCAGGGGGCACAGGUGGAGCUGAAGAAGGAGAUGGCAGUGUUGCAGAAGAAAGUUAUGAUGGACACUCAACAGCAAGAGAUGGCCACUGUCCGCAAGUCUCUUCAGUCUAUGCUGUUCUAGAGGAAGUUUAAUCUGAUGUUACCAUGUCAAUAGCCUCUACAGUCAAACCGCUAAGGGUUUUUACAAUUUGAGAGUUCACGACAAUUAGACACUGGAAAUGAAAGACAGAUAAGGUUUUCAAGGUCUGAAUUCUGUUUGUAUAUUUGCAUGCUGUAUUUAUUCAUUAACAUGUUGCUUGUUCGUAUAUUUAUUUGCCAGUUGAUCUGCUAUUUUGUACUUACCUGUAUGUUUAUCUUCUGUUUGUUUCAUAAAACAAUUUGCUGUUAACAAUACAAUUCUGUUUUUAUUAAAGCCAUUAUAAGUAGCAGUUAUUUUUUAUAAUGGACUGAAGUAUUUUCUGAUUUGUCAAGGCAGACAACAAUAACAAAACUUUGAUCCACUC